AUUUUAUAUCACUCUUUGGGUACCUUUCCUUAAAAUUAGAUGUAUUUUAAAAUGUAAAUGGUUUAACUGGUCACUGAUAACACCACGGUUAAUUAACAGGCCAUGUAAAGCAUGGAAUAUGCCUUAAACAACAGUUCGGUCACACUGAUGAGCAAUCAAUAGUUUAUUUUUCUGCAGAUGCGUUUUCAUUUUCUGGCUCUUUUUGUUGAACUACAUCUGAGAAAAUUACAUCAUUGCACAGCAACAUAAGAGCCAUAACAAAAACGCCCCGCACAUCCAGUGAGUCACAAUCAUGAGCGAUCGUCAUCUAGAAUUGGAAAUUGAACGUUUUGUGACGUUUGCUGAUUGGCCCACAAAUGCCCCCGUGCAAGUCGAAGAUUUGGUGAAGAAUGGUUUUUUUGCCACUGGCAACUGGUUGGAGGCGGAAUGCAACUGGUGUCACAUACGCAUCGAUCAUUGGGAAUAUGGUGACAAUGUGGCUGAAAGGCAUCGUCGUGGCUCACCCAUUUGUUCCAUGGUCCUGGCGCCCAAUCAUUGUGGAAAUGUCCCAAUGCAUGACCCACAACAGAUGGCGGCGGCGGCUGCUGGAGAGACGAACGACAGUGAAGGCAACACUGUGGUUGAUGGUGGUGCAAGUCUUGCAGAUAUGCUAAUCGAAGAAAAUCGUCUUGAAACAUUUAAGGAUUGGCCUAAUCCAAAUAUUACGCCUGAGGAAUUGGCCAAGGCAGGUUUCUACUAUCUUUACCAAUCGGAUCAUGUGAAAUGUGUGUGGUGCAAGGGCAUCAUUGCCAAGUGGGAGAAAAACGACAACGCCUUCGAUGAGCAUCGUCGCUUUUUUCCCAACUGUCCACGCGUCCAAAUGGGACCGUUAAUUGCCAUUACUGGCAAGAACAUAGAGGAGCUGGGCAUACAGCCCACAACAUUGCCCCAACGUCCCAAAUACUCUUGCAUGGAGACACGACUACGCACAUUCAGUGAUUGGCCCAUUCCCAAUAUACAGGCAGCUGAACCGUUGGCUCAGGCCGGUCUCUAUUAUCAGAAGAUUGACGAUCAGGUGAGAUGCUUUCACUGCAACAUUGGACUGCGUUCGUGGCAGAAGGAUGAUGAACCGUGGCAUGAGCAUGCUAAGUGGUCGCCCAAAUGUCAGUUUGUGUUGCUCGCCAAGGGACCAAACUUUGUGCGUGCAGUGCGAGAAGCACCCACCACAUCCACAACAGCCGCCACAGCGCCACCGUUGCCUACAAGCAUUGACAGCGCCAUGACGGCAGCACCAGCUUGCGAGGCUCUGGCACUGGGCAUUGAUGUAGGUGCGGUGCGAAAUACGAUUGCACGCAAGCUUUCGAGUUCGGGUUGUGCCUUCAACACGUUGGACGAUCUUCUGCAUGCGAUCUUUGACGAUGCUGGCGCUGGUGCCGCCUUGGAGGUCACAGAGCCGUUCUCAUGCGCGUCAGCGCCACAGGCGCCAAAUGAGCCUGUUGAUUGUUCAGCUACCACAAGCAAAGCGGCUCAGGCAGAGACGCACAACACAACGGGAGCAGCAGUUGCAACUGCAGCAACAAGCCCAGCAACUCCUUUGGUGCCUGCGCCUGCUAUGGUAAACAGCAACUCAAAUCCCAAUGGCAAUCUGUCGCUGGAGGAGGAGAAUCGACUGCUGAAGGAUGCGCGUCUCUGCAAGGUCUGUCUGGAUGAAGAGGUCGGUGUUGUGUUCCUGCCAUGUGGACAUUUAGCCACCUGCAAUCAGUGCGCACCGAGCGUGGCCAAUUGCCCAAUGUGUCGGGCGGACAUCAAGGGUUAUGUGCGCACGUUUCUCUCUUGAAUGGCAGACAACAGCUAUCGAAAGACCACUAAGCGUAGCAUAUUGCUUAUCUUAAUCAUAAGAAUUGUCUACUAUGUACUUGUAUCGCCUAAGCAACUGGUGGCGGUCGUUGAAUGCUUUGGCUAUCAGAUCAUUAGAGGUUUAUCGUUAUUUUUCUUGAACUGAUGGCGAAUGUGGCUUCAAAUGUUACUAACUUACUCUCGACUCUUAUCGAAUGUGUCUAAGCGUAUUAAGUGUGUGUGUGUGUUUUUAUCUAAUGUAUUAACUAUUUACUCUCUCUAUCUCCCUGAUAUUAAUAAUAUUCUUGCAGGCUCUUAUACCUAUUUAAUCGCA